AUGAGAAUUUAAGCUACAUCAUUCAGAUUGCCAGCAUUAAAAUUAUAACCAAAAGACUCUUAUUAAUGUCUCAGUUAUGGAGAUAAUAAUCUUUCAAACUCAUCAAUGAUUAAAUACUAAAGCAGUCCACUCAGAAAUUAUGAUCCUUCUCCAAUUAAAAAGAGAGUUCGAGGAAUGACUAUAGCUAUAUAUAAUAGUCAAGAAAAGCUCAAGACAGCUGAUUAUAGAAAUGGAGGGGAAUUCAUUACUUAAAUCUAACAAAAUAAUUAAAGUACUUCCGUUGUCAAUACUUUUCGACGAUAUAGAAGUAAACUUAAGUAAUUGAUGUAACCUGCAAAAGAUGAAGGAGUAAAUUCAAGAGACCCUCGUUUAUUUUCAUUUAAAGAUCCUGGAGCUACUAUUCGUCUUGACAGAUUGAAUAAUGAUCACAAAGAUCAACAAAUUUAAGAUAAAGUAACACAACUUAUGGGGAGGGUUAGAUUGCUUUUUUCUUCUAAAUAAUUCUAUCAAGAACCUCUACAUUAAGACACUUUCCAAGUCACCCUUGUAAAACUAAAAGAUGAAUAUGAUUGUUUAUACCAAGAUUUUAAUGACUAUUAUGUCUAAAAUAAUAAAUUAGAUAAAUAAGUCUUACAACUACUAAAUCAUAUGGAGAUUAUCGAAACCUUACUUAAACCUAAACAGCCUAUUAAAAUUAAAAAGUAUCAACCACAAUAACCUAAUAUAAUUCAACCAGAAUAAUAAUCUCCUAUUGUUGAAGCAUAAGAAAUUGUUGAAGAAACACCUUAACAAUCUUUAAUUGUUGAGCCUCCACAAUUUUCACCUUAAUAACCAAAUCAACUUUCAACUCAUGAACCUAGAGAACCAAGUGUAUUCACUCCUCUCACUUCUAAACAAUAUAAUAAUGAUUAAUCAAUAAGUGAUUUGGAAAAUGAUCAAUAAAAUAAGCCAAAUAUUUAAAAAAAGAAAAAAUAAAAAAAUAAAAAAAGCCCCUAAAAAUCUUAAAAGACUAUUGUUGUUUAGGAAUCAAUAUUAGAUCUUAAUGCUUUAGAAGAUUAGAAUUAGAUUACUCAAUAAAUAUAAUCUCAAAAAACAAUUAAAUAAAGAUCAACUCCUUAAAAUAAUUAGGCUUAAAUUAUACAGUAUGAUAAUGUUCUUGAUUCUGAACAAAAUUAAUAAGAAGAUACUAGUAAUUAAAUAGAUAAGCCUGCCCUUAAAAGAACUGUCAGCAAUUUAGGAUCUAUGAGUAAAAAAAGAAAUACAUUGUUGGAAAAUAAGGAAGGAUAAAAAAAAUAAAAGAAGGUAGGAACAAUUUCUGAACAAGAUGAUAGUAAUUAGGAGGAGGAAAAAUAAAAUAAUACAUAAAUAGAAGGUCAGAUUGAUUCAUAUUAUGAAUAAUAAUAAAGCAAAAUUAAAAGUUAAGAAUUUACUUUUUUAGAUAUGUUAAUUGAAUCCUAAAAUAUUUAUAAGUAUCCAUUUUAUUAAAAUUGGGAAUUUCACACUGAUGAAAUUAUAAAGGGAACUAGUUUCGGUGAAUAUGAUUUAUGA